UAUUUAUAGAUCUCACAUGACUUGAUCAUGGCGGCACACAUGAAAAUUUGCACAGUUGUUGUUCUACUUUUCUUUGUUUGUUUUACAAGCUCUGUUCUUCUUAAAUCAAAGAAAAUUCAAAAGAAUAGAGAAGUAUCUAAGUUUUCCACAUCGGAUCACAAUUACAAAACAGAAUAUUUAACACAAAAGGUAGACCAUUUUGGUUUUGUCAACCAAGACACUUACCAGCAGAGGUAUCUUAUAGCAGACCAGUACUGGGACCCAAAUGGAGGACCCAUUUUCUUGUACACUGGCAAUGAGGGCGACAUUACGCUGUUCUGUAAUAACACGGGGUUCAUGUGGGAUAUUGCACCAGAAUUCAAAGCCAUGUUGAUUUUUGCUGAACACAGAUACUAUGGUACAUCAAUUCCAUAUGGACAAACUGCAUUCAAGGACCCCAAAAAGAUGAACUUCCUGACCUCUGAACAGGCACUGGCGGACUAUGCCGUACUGAUCAAACACAUCAAGUCUUCCAUCCCAGGCUCCAGUCAAAGCAAAGUCAUUGCAUUUGGAGGUUCCUAUGGAGGAAUGCUGGCUGCAUGGUUCCGUAUGAAAUAUCCAAAUGUUGUGCAAGGAUCUUUGGCUGCCUCAGCACCUAUCUGGACGUUCCGUGAAGAUGCAGAUUGUGACGCUUUUGACCGCACUGUCACUGGGACCUUCCGGAAAUCCUCCUCCGCCUGUGUGGAUAACAUCAAGGCUCUGUGGAAGACUCUUAAUACCACAGCCUCUCAGACUGGUGGACUUGCCAAACUGUCAGAAAUGUUCCAUCUGUGUAAGCCCUUGAAGAGUGCUGAUGACGUGACUACACUAAAGAACUGGAUAGUGACUGCCCUUGUCUAUCUGGCUAUGGUGGAUUAUCCGUACCCCUCCAAGUUCCUGGCUCCACUACCAGCUUGGCCUGUGAAGGAAACUUGUCGUCCAAUAUCAACCCCUCUAAGUGGAGACAACUUGAUCAUUGGGACGGCCAAGGCUAUGAAUGUCUUCUAUAACUAUACCGGAUCCACCUCUUGCUUUGACAUUGGGAGUGGAGACAUACCAAACCUUGGAAUCUCUGGAUGGGACUAUCAGUCAUGUACAGAAAUGGUUGCUCCAAGUUGUUCCAACGGAAAAACAGAUAUGUUUGAGAAAUCUGCAUGGGACUUCAGAGAAUACACAAAUGGCUGUCUUAAAAAUUGGAAGGUGAAGCCAGAUAUUAACUGGAUAGAGACUCAAUACUGGGGCAAAAACUUGUCUGCUGCAUCCAAUAUAAUAUUCAGCAAUGGUCUCUUGGAUCCAUGGUCCUCAGGGGGAGUGUUAAAAUCUCAGUCAGACUCAGUAGUUGCCAUAUUGAUACCUAAUGGUGCCCACCAUCUGGACUUAAGGGGCUCCAACAAAGCUGACCCAGCUGAUGUGAUACAUGUAGUUCUGUUCUUUACAACAGAAUAUUUUUGUUUACUAACCUGCACUUUGGGCUGGGUUGAUUCCUAUUCCGUCGUUUGUGAUGAUUGCACUGGUAGCUGGGGGACUGUUGCUUUCGAAACCAAAAAAUUAUCUCAACCUCUUCAAAGGGACAUUCUUAAUUUGGAAUCAGAAGAGCCCGUUCGAGUGUCCAGUGAAAGCCGAAUAAAGCAUGCGGACGAGGAGGAGGAUGAAUAUGACAUAAAAUGUGGGGACCCACCCACAAUGCACUGCGGCCACUACAAUGGCUCGAGCCAUGCGAUGGGACAGACUUGGCAUUUGCAAUGUGACCCCGGAUGUCAUUUGGUAGGAACAGGGGAAAUAACUUGCAUCGGAGUUCCGGACCCCUUUCACCAUGUUGCAAUAUGGGACUCUUUUCAAGGAAUGUCCAAAUGCGAAAAAAAUCCAAUCAACACAAUACGAUCACCUCCAUACCUAACGAACUCUGGAACGGAAAAAGAAAUACAAGUUCAAGAAACGGAAACCGAGGACAGCGUUUGCCUUCAACCAAAGAAAGUUGGUCCCUGCAGAGGCAAACUGCCUCGUUUCUACUUCAAUUCAAAGACAAAAAAUUGCGAACAAUUCUACUAUGGCGGAUGCAAGCACAACGACAACUACUUUAAGACUGAGGAGGACUGUAAAGACAAAUGUAUCAGCAACUGAGAGCGCGGAUCUAAGGAAUUAAAGAUUUUGCCAUCUCUUGUAUUACAUUUUUUUUCAUUAUUGAAAUUUUGAACUGUAGGGUAUCGCAAAUGUGAUCAAUUUCUGUUGUUUCUUAUUGCCGAGAAUCUAAGUCACAUGCCUUUUUUGAGGCAUAUUUUCCUUUUUAUCAAAUUUAUUAGUGUAGUGACGUAUUAGAACUUUUCAUCGCAAAUAAAUUUUCCCACACACACCUUCUUAUUAUUAGAGUAAUUGUUGAUAUGAAUUGUUGAUAUUAAUAAUUCUAAAUGCAUUUAAAUAAGUUCCAAAUAAAUUUUCAAAGGAACUCGACAAGUAUUCCAUCGGUAUAUGCAAGAUACAUACAUUGUUGUUUUUGUUAAACUCAUCCUUCACUAAUAUAUAGAAGAGUGGUCAUCCGCGCAUGCGCACAGUAGAUAUCGUAGUUCCUUGGCUUUCCUACAGUUUUCUGUUUGCACUGAUUAGCAGACGACAAGAUGCGAUGUAUGGUCAGCAUGUGGCCUCCACUGUGUGGACUUUAUUGUUAUUUCAAUGUUGUUGACAAUCUUGUUUUGUAACUUAUGAAAUAAACUUUCUGACACAAA